AUGAAAUUGGUAAGAAUCGCUACUGCAACCCAGCAUGAAGAACUCAGACCGACAACGCGAUUUUGGACGCUGCAAGACAACCCGGCGACAUUCGAGGAGGCAGUAAAUAGAGCAAAGCAGCUCGACAAAAUGAUCCAGCGCAGUUCAAUGAAUUCCUCAUCUUCCGGGCCAGCAACUUCUACAGUAAAACCAACAGCGAACAUUAAAUUGAACGCUUGCCCGACAUCUAGAUUUCAUCUACUCACACACGCUCGCUGGAACACCCCGAGUAAAUAUUCCACCACUGCGGACAACGACCACCAACUCCAGUCCCGGAUCCGAGGACGGAUCCGAUGUAAGGUGGGAGGUGUAAAGUAUCCAGGGAGC